AUGGAGGGUUUGGAGAUUGAGAAGUACAUUUUGAGAUUCAAUGAGCUUGCUAGACUUGUACCACACUUGGCUUCUACUGAGGAAAAGAAGAUUGAUCGUUUUAUUUGGGGCUUGAUUCCUGAGAUCCGCCGUGACCUCACCAGUAAAGGCCCCAAAACCAUGUCAAGAGCCAUUGUACUGGCUAAGACCUUGACCAAAGAUAUUAUCAGGUUAGGAGGUUUGACUGAGAAUGCAAAUAAAGGGAAGAGGAAGACUGAAGAAGUGGUGGAGAAGAAAGUUGAGCCCCCAAGUAAGAAGGGGAAGAUCUUGAAGAACUAUGCGGUGACCGCAGUGCCUGAACCAGCAAGAUAUUCUGGAGCUUAUCCAAAGUGUACCCGUUGUAACCUUCAUCACACUGGUGCUUGUCCUGUCUGCUAUAAGUGCCAAGGAAUUGGGCACAUGGCAAAGUACUGUAAUGCUGUCUCAGCGAACUUGAUCAGAACUAACCCACCGCCAGUCAACAGAAAUCCUCCAGUGCGAAAUGCCAGACCUCCACUACCACCUAUUGUACCAGUUCAAAGAAACCAGAACCAGAUCCAGAACGCCCAAGUUCAACAUGUUGCUUAUCCACGCGGGCCAAGGAACCAGAACCAGAACCAUCAGCAACAACAAAUCCAGCAAGGCCCUGCUAACGCCCGUGUUUUUGCUUUGAACGCUGAGGAAGCUCGUCAGAACCCUCGGGUUGUGACAGGUACUUUUCUUCUGAACGAUCAUUGUGCUUCCGUACUAUUUGACACCGGUGCUGAACGUAGCUUUCUUGCAUUAGACUUUAAAGCUAAGACUAACAUGAAAACUGGCAACCUAAAUGAUAAGUAUGUGGUAGAGUACGCAAAUGGCCAUAAGUACGACACUAACGAAAUUGCUCUAGACUGUUCUUUGAUCUUAGUACACAAGAACUUUACGAUUGACCUAAUCCCUGUCGAGAUUAGUAGCUUUGAUAUUAUGGUGGGAAUGGAUUGGCUAUCCAAACACCACGCGACUAUUUGUUGUCACGAGAAAUCAGUUUAUAUACCGAUCCUGAACGGCGAGAUCUUGAUCGUACAAGGCGAUAAGUCCACGAAUGAACUUAAAAUCGUCUCAGCCAUGAAAUUCCGUAAGUACUUGGACAAGAAAGAUCAUCUUGUGUACCUAGCUCAUGUCAUUGAUAAACGUGCUAAAGAACUGAAAGUUCAAGACAUUCCCAUUGUUCGGGACUUCCCAGAUGUCUUUCCUGACGACUUACCAGGCAUUCCACGUAUGAGACAAGUCGAGUUCAAUAUUGAUCUUGUUCCCAGUGCAGCACCAGUCGCUAAAGCACCUUCAUCCCCUUGGGGAGCACCGAUCUUGUUCGUUAAAAAGAAAGAUGGCUCCAUGAGAAUGUGCAUAGACUAUCGUGAACUGAACAAAUUAACCGUUAAGAACCGGUAUCCCCUGCCUCACAUAGACGAUCUGCUUGAUCAAUUGCAAGGUGCUUCAUAUUUUUCUAAGAUCGAUCUAUGUACGGGUUAUCACCAGAUCCGUGUUCAGGAUGGUGACGUCCCAAAGACAGCUUUUCGUACUCGUUAUGGCCAUUACGAAUUCCUCGUUAUGCCAUUUGGUCUGACUAAUGCUCCAGCGAUCUUUAUGGACUUAAUGAAUCGUGUCUAUCGUCCGUUCUUAGACAAAUUUGUUAUUGUGUUCAUUGACGACAUACUCGUGUACUCUCGGAACAAGACUGAUCAUGAACAACAUUUACGUUCUAUUCUUCAACUCCUUCGAGAAGAAGAGUUGUACGCUAAGUUCUCUUAG